AUGGAAGGAAACAACAUGAUUAAGUUUGUGACGAAUCUGUUUGUGGAGCAACUGGAAUUGGACGCCGAGCUCCAGAUCGAGCGCGCGCAUAGGGCACCUGCUUGGAGGCCGCUGGAACAGAGCGAGCGUCCCCGGUCCAUUGUGGUACAAUUUCGAAGCUAUGUCACAAAACAAACCGUGCUAAAGGCAGCGUGGACGAAGAGGAAUAUUCAAGUGAGUGGUAGCAGGAUCUUUUUUGAUGAAGACUUCACCCCUGCCGUCUACAAAGAGCGAGGGAAAUAUAAGGAGGUGCGUAAAAUUCUGCGCGAAAGGAAAAUAAAGCAUCACAUCUUAUUCCCUGCAAAACUGAAAAUAUUUCUCGAAGAUGGCAAGGUUAAAGUUUUUGACAACCCAGUCGCUGCUGCCCACGGCCUGCGCGAUUUUCGCAUAAUAAUGAAGUCGCCAGCGGAGGAGCCAAACCUAGAAACUAUCCUGCGCGCAGCGGGAUGGCACACGGUUAGUUCCCGUAAGAUGACACCCACGACCGAGAUGAUUGAUGCCGUAAAAUCACUGCUACAGAGUAAAGAACCCGACAAUGAUCACUAG